CCCCUUCUCAGCUCCUGUCCUCUACUCCUCAAACUGCUGAUGUGGUACUAACUUUAGCCUCCACCUCUGCAAACAUGUUCAACUUCACAUCAAAACUUUUGCUGCUUUUUCUCCUGGCCUUCCCCUGCGGUCUGAUAUCAGUUGGCCACGUUUAUGCCGACUCAGACUCGGCCGAGGACAUUGUCGAGGACUCAGAUGCUGCAGUAGAUGAAGAGGAAGAUGAUGAAGAUGUCCUUGUUGAAGAGGAUCAGAUGCAAACCUCGGAAGGAGACGAAGAUGACUCUGACGAAGCGGCGGACAAACUGUUAGCUUCUCACCCUGAUGCCGACACGACGAUCAUCUUCACCACAGGAGAAGAGUUUCCUGCCAAUGAAAUUGUGCGGUUCCUGGUGGGUUUCUCCAACAAGGGUAGUCAGGAGUUCACUGUUCAGUCAUUGGAGGCCUCCUUCCGUUAUCCCCAGGACUUCCAGUUCUUCAUCCAGAAUUUCACAGCUUUGCCCCUGAACACUGUCAUCAAACCACAAGCUCAGGCCUCCUUCGAGUACUCCUUCAUCCCAGCACAGCCAAUGGCCGGUCGCCCAUUUGGACUUGUAAUCCUGCUCAGCUAUCAAGACACUGAGGGCAGCGUGUUCCAGACUGCCGUUUACAACCAGACUGUCACCAUCACUGAACGAGAAGAGGGACUGGAUGGAGAAACAAUGUUUAUGUACGUGUUCCUGGCGGGACUGGUAUCCCUGCUGCUCUUCGGGAUGUACCAGGUCCUGGACUCGAGGACGAAAAAGAGGCUUUCUGUGAAAAUAGAAAAGGGCACUGCUGGAAUAAAUGAUGUGGACAUCAGCUGGAUUCCUCAGGAGACUCUUAAUGUCAUGAACAAGGCUUCCCCUAAAGCAUCCCCCCGGAAACGAACCAAGAGGGCGGCUGGGACAGACCAGUAAACGUGCUGGCUUCCCUUUGUCAUUAUAAUCUUGAUCAAACUUUCAGAACACCUCACAACAAUAAGUCAGUUCAUAUUUACAAAGAAUGAGCAUAUCUGGAAUUCAGUUUUUGAAGCAGAUUUUUUUUUAUGUUUGAGAAUCGGAGAUCGAUACAGUCUCAAGGUAUUACAUGCUGAGAGGAUCCUGGGUUCCUGUGCUCUCAUUGGACCGUGACCAUUUAAACACUAAGAAGACUGAACUGUGGUUCAUUUUAAAGGGACUUUUGUAUCUGUGUGUGUAUGUGUGUGAGAGAGAGAAAGAGAGAGGUGUAAUGGGAAAAAUAAGACAAUCAGUAAUUAAGAUUACAAGGGCUGGCUUGAACUGCCUUCUUGAAGAAGGUUGAAUUUGAGUUUAUUGCCACCCCUCCUUUUUUCUUUUUUUUUUUUAAUACCUGUUUUUCUGGAUUUUAUGACUUCAGACCAUUCGUGUUUUAUUUGUAUAAUGAAAAAAUCACAGUCUUCUCUAUCAUCAAACCCUUCCCUGCCAUAUCUGGUCUCUUGCAAAGAAUGCAGUUGAUUUUUUUUUAAUUACCACACAUGACUCACACAUAACAUCCAUUAAUGAUUUUAUUUUUUUUUUUAAGUGGUACAGUGGCAGCUGCUAGUACAAAUGUCGAAACCAUGUAUCUCAGUGUCUCUGCAAGUCAAUUUUGCCGCCUUACUCCUGAGCAGAGCAUUUCAGAGUCUUCAGUCAGUGUUAGUGAUGCGGUCUUUCAGGUUGUAUGUCAGUAUUUGUGAUGCAACGCCUUCUGAAAAACAAUAAAAGGCUAAACAAAGUGUUUUGUAUUUUU